AAACAUAUCCAUAUCAUCAAAUAUCUUUCGUAGCAUAUUCAUUAGAGAUACUUUAACAGCUCUUUAAAGGCUCGUUCUAGUAUUUGGUCGUAUUGUAUUGUAUUAUAUUGAAUUGAAUUAUAUAUUAUAUUUUUAUAUAAUACUAAGUUAAAUUUUGAUUUAUACUAAAAUAUUAUAUAUUUAGGUGAUGUCCAUAAAAAUUAGAAGUUUUUGCACUAGGAAACCUAAUUUUGCACUUAUUUACGGAUUUGGCCUCGCUUUAAAUAAUACAGUUUUAUACCGUUUUUUUUCAAUUUUUUUAUGCCACGUAUACCGUUUGAUGUGUUAUAGUUUUUGUCCAUAUCUGAUACGUGUAAUACACGUUUAUAGGGAUAUAGCUAGAUUUGCCUUUUUCAGUUAGUCCCAAUCAGUCACGAUCAUUUCCUUCUUUUUCUUUAAUCUUCUCUCUCUCUCAUUGUUCAGUUUCAAAACGUUUUUUGCUUAACCAGUCACGAUCUAAGACGGUUUAUUUUCUCAAGGUUCUAUAUAUUUUGAAUUGAUCAAGUAAGAGUUCUUUAUGUUUCUGCAUUUUUUUUUUAUUUUUUUGUUCUUCUUCUUUAAGUUUUUCGAAAUAGAACUGAUUUUUAGGGUUCGUUUUUGUGAUCUGUAAGAGUUUGAAUGUGGUGGUAUGGCGAUUACGAGAAGUUCGAUUUCUCCAUCACCGUCUGGUUCGAAAAGAAAAGAUGUUGGUGAUGAAGAAGGCAAUGUGAGGAAAAUGUCUUUGGGUGAUGAUAAGAGUGAUGAUUUUGUGAGCAGGGAUGUUGUGAAUGAGAGGAGGAGUAAGAAGAGUAACGAUCCUGUGUCUAAGGAUGUUGUGAAUGAGAAGAGUAAGAAAAUUAACGAGAAGGUUGCUGAGAGUGUGAAGAAGAGUUCAGUGAGUUCUUUGGCGAAGAAAAAGAGUCGUGUGCCUGAUAUUGCUCCUGAUGAUCGUAAAUCGAAGAAGUUAAAGUUGAAGAGUGUGGCAGAGGUUGAUGAAGGAGAUCUAGAAUCUGAGGAUGAAAGUAGUAUUGCGAUUCCUUCGAAAGCCAAGUUGUGGGAAUUUUACUUGAAGCCAGAGGAAAGAUUUUGUGGUAAAAUCAUAUUCUGGGCUCAUAAUGAUGAUGUUUUAGUAGAUAUUAGAGCAAAAUUGACUGAGAAGCAGCGUGCUAUGUUUGUUGCAACUUGUUUUGGGCAUUUAUUGGAUAUUCAGUCUUAUAAAUUGCAGCAUCAGAUUUUUCACACUGCAUUGAAUAGGGAAGUCCAUCAACCAAAUUCGAAAGAGAUGUGGUUUGAUUUUGGUCAUGAUAGGGUUCGUUUUGGUUUAGGGGAGUUUGCUGUUAUUAGUGGUUUGUUGUGUAAGGGUGAUAUUGAUAUGAUGAAGUAUGUUGGGAAGGGAGAUGUGUUUGUAGACAAGUACUUUAGUGAUAUGACUGUGACUCAUGGAGCUGUUAAGCAGCUUUUUCUGAGUAGUACUUUUAAAGAUGAUGACUUUGCAGUUAGGAUGACGGUGUUGUAUUUGGUUACUAACUACUUGUUAAGCAAACCUCCAGCUAAACAUGUUAGUAUUGAGUUGUUACAUUUGGUAGGUUCGGGUGGGUUUGAUAGUUUCCCAUGGGGCAAGGUUGUUUAUGAUACUACAUUGUACUAUUUGAGGCUUGGUUUGAAAGGUAAGAAGGGUGCUAAAUUGAAAGCAUUUGCUAAGGAAAAAGGAAUUGAUAAGAAGGGGAGUGAUUCAAAUUGUAAAACUUACAAAUUGGCUGGGUUUCCUUUCAUCUUCCAAGUUUGGUUGUAUGAGGUUAUUCCUCUUUUUAGAAGUCAAAAUAUUUGUACUUUUGACCCUUCUUCAACAUAUAGGGUGUGUAUGUGGUCCAGUGCGAAAGAAGUUACUUCAAGUGAGGUAGAGAGGAAAAUCUACUUGUCAUCUAAGGUAUGGUUGCUUUUUUUUAUUAUGUUGUUUUUUUUUCAUUAUCUAUUUUUUGAGUUAUGUUUUGUUUGUAUUUCAGCUUUCGGUUACUCCUGUGUUUCCUUCUGUUGAG